AUGUCUGACGACUCCGCCUCCUACUCUUUAGACCAAGAGUCAAAUGAGAGUAUAGCGCAAGGGGAUGCCGAGCAGACUUUAACCUCCCUACUCCAGCGGCGAACUUCCCCCACCGCCUGCCGAAAAUGCCACUCACGCAAGGUCAAGUGCUCUGGAGGUCAGCCUUGUAAUGCCUGUCUGGCCAACAAAGAGGAUGAAUGCGUGUAUCCCCGGCGUCAGCGAGUGAUAAAGGUUACUCAGGAGGACCUCGAAAGCCUUCUCCGGGAAGUCCAACAGCUUCGCACGAGGAGUACAACCAUUGCUCCAACAGAGACUCCAAAACCGCAAUCCCCCGCGAGACUCGGCUCUCCUGUGCUAGAGCUAAGUGCACAAUAUCCGCCGUGGUUCCUCAACUCUAUAGUUCCACACACUCCGAUAUUGAUCGGCGAAGGAUCAGACGCUGGCUUUGCAACUCGUUGCCGUAAUGCCAUUUCCGAUACCCCUUAUAACCAUGUUCCGAGAUUGAACUACCCAACGGACGAAUACCUCGCAGUACUGUCCGAGGCGGAAGCACCUUGGCCAUCACCUUCAAAGGCCCGGAUGUUGGUAAAUAUUGCCCUUUGGCAUGUAAGCGAUCGAUAUCAUGUUGUGUUGAAAAGUCAAGUCUUGCACAAUCUCGAACAGAACCCGAGCUUAAUGAACGUCAUGACGCGGAGCAAGAUGAUGGCUCUUUUCGCCAUUGGGGAGCUUUACUCAUCCAGGACGAUUUGUAAAAACAGAGGAUAUCCUGGGUUGCCUUUCUUUGCAAAGGCCACCAGUGUGCUAAGUAUAAUGAGUGAGCGGCCACACCUCGAUGCUAUCGAGAUCCGACUCCUUCUUUCGUUCUACUCUCUUGCGAUCAAUCGGCGGUACUCUGCAUAUGCACUGGCAGGCUCCGCUACUCGCUUAGCUGUUCUUAUGGGCCUUCAUCUGAACGUCUCUGAAAACGAACUGACCGAUCCUGCUCUCCGUGAGCACCGAAACAGAGUGUGGUGGACGUGCUAUAGUUUCGAUCGCAUGUGGGGGGUCAAUCUCGGGAACCCAGUUGGUGUUUUUGAUAACGUGAUUGACGUAGAUCUCCCUUCUGACAGAGAAACGCUGAGUGCGGACGACUUCUCUGAUGCUGCCUAUUACAUCGCUCGCACACGUUUGGCCCAAGUCGCAGGCCAGGUUCUCCAAGUCAUGUAUCUCCGAAAUGAUCGGCCGGACUCUCGAGAAGGAUCCCAAGCCCAACGUGUGCAGGACUCGCUCAAGAACCUACUUCGAUGGAGGGAGAAUUUACCCAAUCAUCUCUGCGUCAACGCGAACGAUCCCACACAAACUCUUAGUAACGCCUGUAUUGUCAUGACUACGAGGCCCAUAUUCCUGAACAUUCUUCGCCAGACUAUUGCAUUCAAGAAGGGACUCGGUCCUGAGCCCCAGAUCCCUCAAUCUGCAAUAUCUCUUGCGGACGCUUGUUAUAGAUGUGCACGCCACAACGUCCGACUGCUAACUGACUCCUGGGCCGAUGGCUCAUUCCCAACAUUCGAUUGGCUCUACCCGCAAUAUCUCUUCUCCUCGGCGAUUAUAAUACAGAUUUCAAGCCUGAUAAAGGGCAAAGACUGGCCACACAACGGCCAGGAGCAAAUCGAGUCCGCCUUCGAAAUCCUGUGCCAGCUCAGAGACACAGGCCACCUUGCCGCAAAGGAAUUUUUACGUCAUUUGGAAGCCAUAAAGGCUGCCAUCAGUGAGUUGGUUACCAGCGGUGUCAUCCCUAGCUCCCCAGACUACGUCUGGCCCUCGCCAUCAGACGAGAUCGGUGCGAGUGUCGCUGCCAUUCGUGGCCACCCAAAUCUAGAUAUGUCCGGGCCAUUACUACAGGACUUGUUGAUGCAACCCAGUCUUGAUUUGCAGUUCAUUGAUAACAGUUUGUCGGAAAACAUGUCUCAGGGACUUUAUUGGUCAACUAUCACGCCUGACAAUUGCAUGGAUCAACCUUGGGGAGGGGCUUGA